GCAAAAUGUAAAUUGCAAGCGAGAUUUUUGUAGGACUACUGGUGCAUCCAUGUCAUGCGAAAUUAAUUUUCUAUUCAAACCAUUCAUCUUUCGUAUCUGUACAUUAGUUGAACAUGUUUUUGCCAUCAGGUUUUUAGUAGGGACCCACGGAAAAAGGAAGAAACAGACCAGGAGAAGAUAGGGAGCCUCAUGCUGAGGGCUUUUCAACAGGUGGAGGCAUUUGAUCUCCCUAUCCCAGGAGAUGAAGAACUUUUGGCAGAUAUUGCAGCAAAUGCUGACGCUAUCAGACCUAAAUUCAAUGUGAGAAUGGGAGAGUUUAUAGAACACAUCCUGUCUAGUCUAGAAUGCAAGCGAGGGAUGACUGUGGGCUCUCAGAUAACAGGGGAUCAGCUUGCUACAAUGCUGCAGAAAUAUGUGGAAGCUGUGAAUGAUCCAGACACCAUACCUGCCAUGAAGAGUGCCUGGGAUGCUAGUGUGGAGUUAAGGCGCAGGAAAAUACUGGAAGACAUGGUGGUGAAGUACAACACGGAAAUGACGAAAGCAAUCGAGGAAGUCUGCCUCAGAGGGUCCGAGAUGGUUCCCAUGGAAGAAAGAAAUGAAAAAACAUCUGGAACAAGUUUAAUGAGUAUCCACGAUGCCGUAAUGGACAAUGUUCACAACGAGUUGAACAAGCAGAUCGGGUUCUUAGGAUAUGAUGACGACAAUAAAGAUAAUCCAACCCUUAUCUUGAAUUUUAAUGAAAAAAUAGUUAAGAGGGAUAACCAAAGUCAAGAGAAUAUCACCGUCGUCGGUGGGGAACUGCUGCGAUACCUCCAGGAGAACCGUGACAGGUCUCGUUGUUACUGUGAGAAGGUAUUCAAGAAACUCCUAGAUGAAUUGAAAAACCGCCUUAGCCCAAUACCAGAUGACUACACAGAGAAAACCUUAGAAGCAGACCUAGCAAAACUAAAGGAGUCUUACCUGCAGCAGGCUAUAGGGCCCAUGAAGUUGGACGUGCUGCAAGAGAGGUGGGAAUCAUCCGAUAUGACUGGAUUCUUUCAAAUGUGCAAGACAAUCAAAGGAUUUCAAUUAAAAGUGGCUGAAGCUACGAGGAAACAAGAAGCCUUAGAAAUGGAGUCUGAAAAACAGCAGCGCGAUCUGCAAAACCUUCGUGAGGAAUCUGAGAGGCAGAAGACUGAGCAUGAAAAAGCAAUAAAGGACAUAGAAAAUAAUCACAAAGACUCUCUCGAAAAACUGCAAAAAAGCCAGGACGAGGAGAGGAUUAAAUUCGAGAAGAAAAUGGAAGACCUACAGAAAGCUAAUCAACAGGACAAAAUGGAGAUGAUGCAGGCUGCCCAAAAAAAGGCUGAAGAACAGACAAUGAAUAAAGCACUAGAACUGCAACAGCAAAUGUUUGAUAUGAAGUUGGAACAUCAACGGCAAAUGACGGAGAAACAAUUGCAAGCAGAACGUGAUCUUCGAAGAGCAGAGGACUAUUCAAGAGACCUUAAACAAC